AUGUAUUUUCAUCUUCAACUUAUCGCAGGCGUUGCACGGGCCGAUCUUUCCAACGGAGAAGUAGACGUACUGACUGAGGACAACUUUGACAAGAAGACAAGUAGAGGUACAUGGCUGAUUGAGUUUUACGCACCAUGGUGUGGACACUGCAAAAAGUUAGAGCCGACAUUCAAGGCGGCCGCCCGAUUAUUGUCAGGGAGGGUGUCUUUAGGGAAAGUGGAUUGUACCUCGCAACCUGCACUGGGCACUCGCUUUGGGGUGAGCGGAUAUCCGACAAUUAAGGCCAUAGGGGAUAUUGGCGUGCUGGACUACCGAGGCGCACGCACUGUGCCUGCGUUCGUGGAAUAUGGAGAGCUUCUCAGUCAGCCUGCUAUUAAGGCUUAUGCAGAGCAGUCGAAUUACAAAGGUGAAGGAAAGCCGGUCUUUCUGCUACUUGGGGGACGAGCCGGCGAAAAAAAGGUAUAUGCCAAGGUCGCCGAAGCUAGAAAGAUGCAGUCUGUAUUCACGUACUUUACCAUACCCGAACGGCCGAGUCCGCUGGGACAGGAGAUCUUGGCGAUGCUGGGCAUCACAACUCAGGUAGAUAGGGAGUCCUAUCGCAGCGGCGAAGAGAGGCGCCUGGUUAUCAUCAGCGAAAGCAAAGUAUUCGACUACCGGGGGAUAUGGGACGCGGAGCAUAUGGGAUCGUGGGUCGAUAGACUGAAAUUCGGCUACAUGCCACAAAUUGCAAACGGACUCAACAAUACGUAUCAGUAUAAGGAUAUAAAAUCGCCCAACAGUACCAUAAUUAUUGCCGCAUACUCGAUAGUGGACGAGAAGGAACCCAGCGAGAUUGUGAAAGCAAGCAUGGAAGAAAUUUGUGAGAAUGAGUUCGUGCGAACCAGCGAAAUGGCCAGUCCAGGCAAAUACUAUCGGUGUUUCUGGUUGCAUGGCCCCGAUAUGAGCAAACUACUCAGGGAAGAAUUCGGGUUAGACGGGAUUAAAAACGUCCCCCUGAUUUUUGCGGUGAAUUCAGAUUCGGAUUAUUUCUUCCACGAUGAUGACCCGCGAUCUUCGGCAGCAGAUGCGAAGGACUUUGUGGAACGGCUAAAAAAAUGGGGAUGUCAAUGGCCAUGGUUUCGCAAUCGAUCGCUUCACACGGGUAUGUCAUCUCGAUUGAGUGCUGACCCUGUCCUCUACUCACUUCAAGGGAACUUCUCGUAUCUCGUGCAUACUGCGUUUUACAAGGGCUCAGAUUUGUUCGUGUUGUAUGGAUAA